AUGGCGGACCGGACCACCGAGGAGAGCCAGGCCUCCCUCAACGCUGAGGGCCAGGGCAAUGCUUCCGCCAGCGGGAGCCUUGGCGCAGAGGGAUCCAGCAAGAAGCAAACCGAAAAGAAGGCACCAAAGAAGCUAGGCAAGAAGCAGCCCGAGCCCCAGCAGCAACCCACGCCAGAGGAAUCGCCCGAGUCUGACGUCGACGUUGAAGACGCUGAGCCCGAACCUGAGCGCAAGCAAUCCAGACGGCGCCAAUCUCGCGGUCGUGGACGCAGGAACGUCCCCGACAGCGACACCGAGUCCGUCACGCGCUCUGACGUCUCGGCAACUGGCGGCCGCCGCAACCGCCAGAGGCAGAGGCAGAAGACGCAGCAGAAGGGCGGUGGCGGUCCCCUCGAGGGCAUCACUGAGAAUGUGCCCGGCGGCGAGCUUGUCAACGGCGUGGGCGACAUGGUUCAGAACACAGCCGGCAACGCUGUCAACACGGUCGGCAACACGGCUGGCAAGGCCCUUGGCGGCCUGACCGGCGGCGGCAAGGACGACGACGACGACGGAAAGGGCGAGCAGCUGCGACUUCGUCUGGAGCUCAAUCUGGACAUCGAAGUGCAGCUCAAGGCUAAGAUUCACGGUGACCUGACUCUUGGUCUUCUUAACUAA